AUGGUCAAGUUUUACAACAAAAAUUAUUUUAAUAAAUAUUUUCUUCAAUUAAAUUAUUUUUUAAUUAUUUUAUUUAUUAAUUACAACAAUUCCUCUAUUCAAGAAAAUUCAGAAAACGUCCAAAUUAAGGGGGAGUGGUGCCCCGACGGUUGUAGUUGCACGACAGAGUCGCCUACAACUUUAGACUGUUCCGGACUAGAUUUAGAUACAAUACCUCCAACAUGGCCUUCACAUUUUGAAAUUUUUUAUAUUCGAAAUUGGACAAUUAAUAGCUUAGAAAAACAAGCUUUUAGACGCUUCCAACACCUUGUGGAAAUUUAUAUUUUUGAUUGUCAAAGACUUGAUUUAAUUGAAAGAAAUGCUUUUAAGCAAUUGAGAAAAUUGAGAGUUUUGGUAUUAAAAGGAAACAAAGGACUUCGAGAGCUAUACAAAACAGCAUUUUCUGGUAUAGGUAACGAACACCCUCUUUCUAUUAAAAUAAUGGAUAAUGCUUUGGAAAGAGUGCGGGCAUUCGCCUUUAAAAAUGUAGAGAAUUUACGAGAAUUAAUAAUAGAAGAACGUUGUUUUGAAUUAGAAACAAAUUCUUUGGCAACAAUUACUCGAGUCGAUUUUUUAACCCUUAAAGGUGUUUGUUCUUUGGAAGUUGGAGUGUUUUUAAAUAGUAGUAGAUUACAUCAAGUUAUUAUUGUGGAUUCUGCUUUGAGUCAGUUACCUAAAGAUGGAUUUGCUGAAUUGUCUCAUUUAAAUCAGUUACAAAUUAGAGAAUCACGUAUUGGACGUAUUUCUGAAGGGGCUCUUUCUGGCCUUUUUACUGUUGGCUCUGUUCAUUUUCAAUCUAACCAAAUUGGUAGAUUAGUGCCUGGAUGGGCGUUGGGUGCGGAGAAUUUGGGCUCUCUUGUUUUUACUUAUAAUACAAUUCGAGAACCUCUGUCAUCCCCCGAUUGUUUACGCAACGAAGCCCAACGUUUCUUAUUUACCGAAAACACACUUUAUUGUUCUUGUGAAAUACAGUGGUUGGUUAAUUCUCCUGCUGAGGAACAAUGGUUAUCAGAAAAUUAUUGUGGACGAGAACAAGCAUUUAAGGCUUUAUUGUAUUAUUCCCCUGCCUCUGCUGGCUGUCGUUGGGUAUUACCUCCUCCUUCUCCCCCAACAUUUUUAAUAACCUCAACCACACUUUCUACUCCAAACCAAACUUUUAAUCAACAAUCUCCCCCUAUGCACAAUUUAAGACAUCAAAAUCCUUCCCAAAAAGAAUUUGAAGAUAACGAGCUUUUUGAACCCCCCUCCCAUCAACGACGACAUUCUGGGAAGAAUGCUGGAGUGAAGAGGGGGGAAUUUUGUGAUAAAUUAAUUUUUAUUUUAUUUUUUUAUAUUUUUUAUUAUUUUUUGGGUUAA